AGCAGGCGAGACGGAGGGAGAGAGAAGCAAGAGGCAGAGGAAGGGAAGCACUUUGCCAAGAGGAUCCGGCCGGCUGUGCCCUUUGAGCUCUCCGCUCGCUCUCUCCUCCGGGGGAUUAAAACUCCAAAUGUUGGUCAAGCUGAGGAUGGCUUUCCAGCAGGCCGGGAAGAUGUCCGAAGGGAGCCUGCCCAAACUGGAAGCCAAUAUCCUCGUCAUUGGAGCUGGGAAGGUGGGCAAGUCAGCUUUGACGGUUCGGUUUCUGACUCGGAGGUUUAUUGGUGAAUAUGGGGAUAUUGAAUCAAUUUACACCCACAAAGUGAUAAUGGCUGGCCAGGAAGCCUGUUUCAGCAUAUGGGACUCUGUCUGCCCCCAGAUGGCCAAUUUCCAGGGUUGCCUGAACGAGAAGCAGCUCCGCUGGGCCGACGGCUUCGUUAUCGUCUACAGCAUCAGUGACCGCGCCAGCUUCCAUUUCGCCCGCCAGCAGCUCCAGAGGAUCAAGCAGCUGAAGAAGAGAGGAGGCGCCGAAAAGGUCCCCGUUAUCCUGGUGGGGAACAAACGGGACUUGCAGCACCUGAGAACCGUCUCCAGCGAGGAAGGCCGCCUUCUGGCCCUCUCCACCGACGCGGGCUUCUUCGAGAUCUCUGCCGCCGAGACCUACCAUGGUGCCCUGGUGGUCUUCCACGAACUUCUGGACCUGGUACGGGACUCCAGGAGUGCCACCAAAAAGGCAGUGGGCAUCCGGGGACUCGUACGCAGCAUGUCAGCUGUGCUUGGGAGGAGAAGGACUGAAUGAGUUUUGGUUGAGGGGAGCUGGGAGGAAAGAGAGGAACUAGGGAAUUAUGGGAGAGGAGCUCUGCACCCAUCCCUAAGGAACAUCGGGCGAAAUGACCACAGAAGGAUGGUGCGGAAAGCUUGCAAACCUUGGACAUAGUUAUGGAAAGCUACUUCCUGUUUACCACAGUCUCUGAGAGUAGCCGUCUCUUGCAAGCACGAAACAGAGGUUGGAUGGCCCAUCUCCCAGGGAUUCUUUAGUUGUGGUUCCUGCUUUGCUAGGGGUUGGACUAGAUGACCGCUUGGGGUGCCUUCCCCACUCCGUGAAUCUGUGCGUCUUGGAAGCAGGAGCAAUGCACACCUCCCGCGCAGUGUGACCAGGGUCUGGUGCUGCGGAUCAGGAACGGUGCUGUGGGGGGAAAAAAGGACGAGGAAGGUGCUUUGGAGCAUGUGCAGAGCACCACUUGCUUCAUGGCGGAACAACAGCAAAAGCAGACACCGUGUCUCCGGAGUUAGAGGGUGGGUCUUGCGAGUCAGAGGCUGUGGCUUUUGCCCAGGAGAGGCCGGCAUACAUUAAUCACUCUGCAGUGGCAGGGCUCGAAAGAGCAAUUACGGCAUUUGUGUGAAGGCAUACUCUCGUCGCUGAGAAACCUUUUCGGAGGCUCUGCAGGGGUUGGAGAAAAGAUUAGGUUGAUUGGGUAGGAAAUAGAGCUCAAAUGGAUCUCAUGCCAGUUCAGUGCAAGAACCCUGCUGGAUUGGACUGUGGGCACUAGCCACCCACCCAAAGCACUUUCUCUUUGAUUUAAGUGCUCAAAGGUAGCUGGAGGCUUUGCCAUGUUGUUUUAAAUGUUAUCUGCAAUGCAUGCUGAAAGCCACCCAGAAGGCGCCUGCUCUCGGUUGCAUGCUAUAUAAUUCCCCUUUUAAAAAGAGGGAUGGAGAAGAGCUAAAUAGCAAGGAGGAAAAUUUCUAGUAUUCUGUAAUGUGUGUGUGCGUGGGGUUUCCCCCCCCUUCUUUUUAUCCCCGGAAAGAAAACUAAAAUGUUUACCAUUAUGUCCUUGUUUAUCAUAUAAGUUUGGUUAAACCACUGGCUUUAGGAAGAAGACCUAAGAGUAGUCCUGACCACCAAAUUUGCAAUUAUUAUUAUUAUUAUUAUUAUUAUUAUUAUUAUUAUUAUUAUUAUUUAAAAUAGAUGUCGAAUAUGAAGCUCUUAUGGUCACGAUCCAAACAGCCGCACUGCAAGUUCUUAGCCUUUACAGGAUGCUUCUCAAAUUGCAGACACACCAUCCUGUUUGAGCAAAUGACUUUGGAACGGACGGGCAUUUCUAAAGCAGGACGGUGAAACAUCAUAGGGAUCUGCUGCUCUUCAAAGCUGGCUGGGAUUGGGAGGAGAGUCCAAAGUCCCAUUGAGUGUACCUACCCAAAGUAGUUACAGCAUUUGGAUUCUGGUUGUGCUGAGUUGCCAGCCAGCCAGUUCUAGGGUUACCAACCAGCCAAUAUUUUGCCAAGACAAAUAACCUAACCAGAUUCAAUCCCUAACCAGCCCAGAAGACUGGUCCAUUUCAAAUCCCACCAAAUUGCUCCUCCCAUCAGUUGUUCCCCAACUGCGCCUCUGACUGGGCUCCACCUUCUCCUCUGACAUAAAACUGCCGUCCCCAUCCAAUCGCUUCUGGCCUCCUUGUGCUGAGGAUGUGGCCUUGCCCAAUGAGCCAGUAUUUUUUAAGAGAGCAAGCAUAGCUGCAUUCUGCACAUCAAGAUUCUCCUGGGUAGCUUGCCUGAUACACAGUGCUGUCAACUCCCCCCCCCCCUUUUUUGCGGGAAAUUCCCUUAUUCAGUGCCCUUACUUUCAUAUCCGGGAGUUGACAGCCCCAUAGGAUUCCUUAGCUUCAAAUCCGGGGGUUGACAUUUAUGCUGAUACAGCAAGCAAGGUUCUUCUGACGUUCCAUCUUGCCCUCCUUUCCUCUUUGCUGCGCCCACCAUUUAUUUUUAUUUCGAAACCACUGUGUGCACAUCUGCACCAUUAAGUGUACAGCUUAAUGGAGAAUGUCAGCAUGGCAAUGAAGGCUGGGGCUGAUGAGAGUUGUAGUCCAGAACAGGGCAGGUUGGUGAAGGCCUAGGUGCUUUUCGAUGUUUAUUGAGCAUUCAACCUGAUUUGUCUGCAGGGAGAUUAGAUGAUGACUGCUGUUUACUGAGCGGUCUAUUUACUCUGAUUUGUUUGUAGAGAGGUUAGACGACAUCGCGUCAAAGCUAGCGUCAUCCCAGACUUUCUAGUGCAUUUCCUUAUCCCGUCAUUAUUUGCAAAAAAUAAUUUCCAUCUUUUUGUGAAAGCAGGUUUGCUGCUCAUGACCUCCCAAUGAACUAUAACUGCCCAGCUUGCCAUCAUCCCACCCCAAAAUAGCAGCAGCCCAGAAGCAGGGUGGCUUACAGCGCCCUGGAAGAAGACUGAACAGGUGCAGUCAUUUUAGGCAGCGAGGAGACAGCGCCACAUUUUGUCGUGGUUUCCUUUUGUUUUCAUUUAUUCAAAAUUUGUUUUGGGGGGAUUCUUGUUUACGUUCAAACCUACUGUAUAUUGUUAUUUAACUGUUCUGUUGGAAUGAAACUUUUGUAGAAGAAAACUCUCACUCUGUUGUAUUGUUUGGAUGAAUAAUAAAAAGUUUACUAUUUAUGAUGA